GGAUGGAGAGUUUGCUUUUGAAGUCAACCAAAGAGACAAAGACCAAAUCAUUGAGUUCAUGAAAGAGUGAGUUGCUGUUUGGGUACUUUUAGAAAACAAAAAGUGAUUCUUUGAAAUGUGUCUGUGAGUGCAAUUCCAUGUGAAGCAUCUUUAUAAAUAAGUGAAGUUCAGUAUUUGUUUAUUUAAUUUUUUUUUUUUAAUUGCCACCACAACCAACAGAGCAUGCGAGUGUUAAGUCAGCUGUUGUCCUACUUUUCUGCCACACUGAAAUGUGUCUUUUGAAAAAAAAGUUUCUACAUUUUUAAUAUCAAACUUUAAAAAAAGCAUUGAUAACAUUUAAAAAAAAUUAAAAUUAAUAAAUUCCUUCUAUGUUGAACAAAGAAAAAUCACCAGCUCCUUCAUUUGAGGAAUAUUGAAAAAUCUUAAUGUGAUCCAGGGUAAGAGUGCUUAAACUGAUAUUAGAUCAAAAAUAACAAACUUGACCUCAGUUUGACAAGUUUCCUUCCCUUUCAGCCCCAAAGAACCCCCUCCCCCUCCACCCCCUGAGGCCAAGUGGGAGGAGGUAGACAGUGAAGUGGUUCACCUCAAUGAUGACACCUUCAAAACAUUUCUCAAGAAGAAGAAGCAUUGCCUUGUCAUGUUCUAUGCCCCAUGUAAGCAUUGCCUUGUCAUGUUCUAUGCCCCAUGUAAGCAUUGCCUUGUCAUGUUCUAUGCCCCAUGUAAGCAUUGGUUCUGCAAUUCAUUGUCCCAUGUAAGCAUUGCCUUGUCAUGUUCUAUGCCCCAUGUAAGCAUUGGUUCUGCAAUUCAUUGUCCCAUGUAAGCAUUGGCUUGUGUAAUUCAUUGCAUCAUGUAACAACCAAUAUUGAUAUCUCCUCCUGUCAAGGUCAUGAAAUCAGAGGUAUGGUGUGUAUUGUGAUUUGUGAUAAUUGGGUUAAGUGAACGAGUGUGAACUCUUGGCAUAUCAAGUACGGGUGCGUGGAUUUUGGGUGAUAAGGGAGACAACGAUUUUGAGCGUCAGAGAGAUCUAGAGAGAGAGAGUAAGCUAGACAGAGUGAGAGUGAGCUAGACAGAGAGAGAUAGUAUUUUGGUUAUAUUCGCUGUGGGGCUUUUGCCUGAGGAUAAUAUUUUUCUGCCAGAUGUAUUUUAUGUAUCAGCUUCGUUGUAUCUACCAAGUGGAUGUUUUAGUUCUGUGAAAAUAGACCCAUAAUGUACUAUGAACCUCUUAGUGUAUUGAAUCACACUAGUCCGUGUUGUGACCAAGGAAGAUUUGCCAUUGGAAUAUUAGACAUCGGAAUAUUUGCCAUCAUCAUAAGAUAUAAGACCAGGCGGAGUAUUUGACACCCCACACCCCCCCCCCCCCCCCCCCCCCCUCAUUAUACAAGUUAUUGUUACUUAAUAACAAUUUCAUCUUCAUUGUGAAGCUAUGUUGUCUUGCUUUUAAAUGUGAAAUAUAUUUCAUCAUAUAUUUUAGUUUCUGCGCUACAUAUAAUAUGUGUUGUUGCAAACUUAUUAUAGUGUAGAGCAGCAGUUGACAAGGUUCAUAGUCUUUUGAAAGAUUUUGAUAUAAUGAAUAAGAAUAGAUAGAAACAAGCUUUACAAGGAUGGGGUGGUGGUGGGGGGGUGGCGUUUACUUAUUAAACAACAAUUAAAAAUAACACGCAUUUGUUCGAAGAUCUCAGUGUAGCUCUUUGUUUAGAAAUGUAAUUGUUCAUAUAAAAUCCUUCAAUGAAGUAGUUGGUGCUUUUCUUAAUAAUUGAAUUGUUUGUUACCGUAUUUUUAUAAUCAGACUUUGCGUGUUUCUGAGUUCAAAAAAAGGUAAAAACCCCUAUAUGAUGGGUUUAAAUUUUGGGUGAACUUUGUAACAAGAGCAUUUGAAACAAAGUUGAUGUGGUCUCUGUUUUAAGUGUAACAAAAAGUGUUUAAACUAGAUGGUUAAAUACUUCAACAUUUAUUGCUGUAAAAUCUUUUAAGGGUGUUGUCAUAGUCAUAAUCUUAUAUAAAUAUUUAUCAUUAUAAAUAUCUAUAUAAUUUCUUUAGGGUGUGGUCACUGUAAAAAGGCAAAGCCUGAGUUCAUGGCAGCAGCUGAUAAAUUUAAAGAUGAUCCAAAGGUAAGUGUUAUAGUUGGACUAGCGGACUAUACCGUCCAGACAGCCAACCGGGUCAACCGGCACGCAUGCGCUGGACCUGUAGACAGUGUGUAUGGACAGUGUGUUCCCGAGACAAGCAUAGAGUCAACAUUAUUGAGGACUUGUAUGUAUUAUAUUUAUGUGAAUGUUUAUUGUUGGAAAUAACAACAUUUUAAAAACAUAACAGUAAGUGAUAUUGUCGGGGGGGGGGGAAUUAAAAAAAUGACCUACCCGAGAAACUGACAUCCCAAGAAAGACUGUUGGCAGAUGACACAGUGGUAUAUAGAACGAUGGCCAACAGAUCCGACCAGGACCAACUUCAACAGGAUCUCAAUCGGUUNUUGGUGUUAUAAUUCUUUAAAAAAUUACAUCUUUUCAACUAUGCCAUUGGUUUAUUUUUACAAAAAGUUUAAAUUUUCUUAUCAAAGUCCCUACACUAUUGGCCACUAUUAGCGGUGCUGACUCUAGCCUCUGGUAUGUACUGAAUAUUAAACAUUAAACAAGCUCAACGCUCGAAACAAUCGAUUAAUGUAUCGUGAUCGUGUGGAAUUCGGGAAAGAGAAUUACUUUUAUUUCAGAUUAUGAUCCGGUGAGUCACAAAAUCUGGCAAAUUCCGAAAUCCGGUAUAUUCCGGAUUGCGGUUGUUCCGGAUACAUGUAAAUCCGGCGGAACCGGAUUUCACCGGAUAGUGCAAAAUCCGGCGGAAGCGGAUUCUAGACCGGAUUCCGGCACACCCCUAAACAAGACCCUAGGGUUCUUAAGGCGAAAUCUAAAGAUCGGCAACUCCAGUGUGAAAGAAAAAGGCUAUAAAGCCUUUGUCCGGCCGCUUUUAGAUUUUGCAUCUUCAGUCUGGGAUCCAUUUACCCAAAAAAAUGACAGGUUGGAGGCGGUCCAGCGACCGGGCAGCACGCUUUAUCCUGAACCGCUUCAGGAAUACCUCUAGUGUUGGCAGCAUGCUGGAAACACUGGGCUGGUCAUCAUUGGAGGAAUAACGACGACUAUCCAGGCUCUCCAUGAUGUACAAGAUAAAUAAUGGGCUGGUCCUCUGCUCCAGCAUUAAAUAGAAACUCGUUCCUCUCUCCCAUAGACAGUGAUGAGGCCAUGACAGGCAGUUCCGGCUCAUACCAGCAAGAAGCCAUUACAGGAAUCGCUCAUUCCAAUCAGGGACUGGAACAAGCUUGCAAAGGGAACAGUUGAGGCGACAACACCUGACACAUUUGCGUCUAUUGCCUCAAGCCUUGAAAGCCCCAGUUCAUGAUACCCUCGCUGAGUACCCCUUGCAACCAGUGAAAUAUCCUCAUCAACACCAGGCACAGAAGUACUGGAAAUCCCACCUACAUGCAUAGGAGCAAGAAUGAACCAUAAAUUGAUCGUGGGCCCUUAAUAUAUAGAAGAAGAAGAAGAAGAGUUUUUUUAAUAGAUGUAUUUGUUUAAUGGGAUGAGCUAGAGAGCGACCGAUUUUUAUCAGGAAGAUCAAUGUUUGAUGAAUCCAUGACAGAAUGACUAGUUGUUACCAGAAGAAUCAGUCUGAGGAUUAGUAUCUGAUGAAUCCAUGACAGAAUGACUAGUUCGUACCAGAUGAGUCUGUGAGUGUGAGGAUGAAUUCCAAUAAUUAUUGUGUUUUAUCAGAUGGAUUAGUGUCAGUGGAUGAUUAGGAGAAUAACUUUUUUUUAUGGUUUGAUUAGUGUCUGUGGAUGAUUAGGAUUAGGAGAACGAUUGGUUUUUAUAAUCUGAUUAGUGUUAUAAGGGCAUUGAAGUUUGCAAUAGUAGGUUGUUUCAUAUAUUUGGAACAUAAAUGAACUUUAACAUAGCUAUUGUGUGAUACAGUUGAAUUGAAAGUUAUUGAACCUCUUUGUGUCGUCCGAUCUGAUUGGUCUCCAUUUUUACUGAUAUGUUCAGGUGGCAUUUGCUGCUGUUGACUGCACUGUUCAGACAGGGACCUGCAGCACUCAUGAUGUCAAGGGCUAUCCAACAUUCAAAUAUUUCAACUAUGGCAAGAACUCCCAGAAAUACAUGGGUGGAAGAGAGGUACACACAUUUGGUUACAUUCUUUCAAUUCUUGUUUUAUACAGCAAUAGUUUUAAUGUAGUACUCUUCUAUUAUGCUUAAGCUAUCCCUUUAUUGUUUGAUAAAUCAAUAUUUGAUGCGUAGCAGAUCUACUAUUGAAAUUAUGUAUAUCAGUAUGUGGUAGAUCUACUAGUCUGCUUGUCUGUAGCAACAUGUGGCAGAUCUGCUAGUGUGCUUGUCUGUAUCAACAUGUGUCAGAUCUACUAGUGUGCUUGUCUGUAUCUCCAGGAACUUGAUUUCAUCACCUUCAUGAAUGACCCCCAAAACCCAGCCCCUACACCGAGCCCCCCACCAGCUGAGUCCUUGGAGGAUCAGUGGAAAGCCUUCCCUGGCUACAAAAGUCUUGUCUUCCUGACGUCAGCCAACAUCGACUCUGUCAUAGCAGACAACGUCCAAGUUCUGGUCAUGUUCUAUGCCCCAUGUAAGUUCAGUGUUUGUCAGAAAACAGUCGACCAUUACAUUUUGUACUUGGCCAUUUUUUAAAAAUCCCAUCUUGUCACAGUCCACCCCUUGGACAUCAACAGAUACCUGACAUGAAUUUCUUUUAACUACCCAAAAUUAAUAAUAAUCAAAAGAUGUUACCAAGAUGUUUCUUUAAGCGUUAUCUUGUAUUUCCGAGGUUUUAAAGACUCAUCUUUCCGUUUAACAGGGUGUGGCCAUUGUAAGCAGAUGAAACCAGACUUUGCAGAAGCUGCAGAAAUAGUCCAGAAGGAAGGGGUAAGUCACAUCUUUUACAUCUAAAAUUUUUCUAGAUUGUCAUUAGCAUUGGAUCCUGUCAAUGUGCUUUCCAGUUUGCACCUCUGUUGGGUUGCUGUAAUAAAAAUCUGCCCUUUUAGCUUGAUGUUUCAUCAUCAUUUACCUCUGACAAUAAUCUUUGUUACAUAAUGUGUCCUCAGUUGGGAGUACUUGGAGUUGUCGAUGCUACAGUAGAGAAAGACUUGGCUGAGAAGUUCAACAUUAAGGGAUUCCCAACUUGUAAGUAA